CUGGCUCAGUGCAACAAAGCAUCGCGCGCUUUGAAUUAUUCAGUUUGGCCACAACGACAAAAAGAACGACUCUCAUCAUUAACAGUUACGGCUCGGUUCAUUCGUUCCAGCCGAAGACUCGUUGAAAUAUUCGGAUUGUUCGUGGACGGAACAUCACUUCCUGACAUGGCAGCGACGCUGAUGCUAACAAGCUAACUUCCUCCGUUUCGUACCACGUUGUGACCAUAAAAUUCAGUCUGAGUGAAGCAGCAGAGCCUGUUUGUCUGGAUAAACUUGUUGAAGUGGACUUUGUGUAAACUUUCGGGACGUUUCAGCCCAGACUCACCUCCCGUUAGCCAACAAUGCUAAAGGAAGUUAGCGUAGCUUGCUAGCAGGAAAUAGACGGAGCUCGGCCUCACGGUGCUAGUCGGAGUAGCUUCGACAGAGACCAAACUGUAUUUUUCACGGAGCCCAAAUGUCCAGAUAGAGCUGUGUGAAUAGACUCUGUGCUGUUCCCUUUAUUUGACGCUGUUUUCCAUCUGAACGAUCUGCUGCUGUCCGACGAAGCUAAUGAAGCUAACUUAGCCUGCUAGCUGGAAAUAGACGGAGCCGAGCGUCAUUUGAUCAUCAGAGAGAACAAACAGUUUCUAACGGAGUGAGUCUGGAGGAAAAGCUGCUGUGAAUCAGUCAAAAUGUCUAAAGUCCAAACGCUGAGAGCUUUUGUGAAGCAGCGACUAACUGCGGCUGCUGAAGAGAUAUUUGAGCAGUUUGAAAGAACGAUAGCAGAGUACGAGGAGGAAGUUUGUCGACAACAGAAACUACUGGACGCUGUUUUCAAGCCUGAAGUCCGGUUACACAGAGCAGACGUCCAGCUGCUGUUGGGGAGGAAAGAAGAGGAUCCUCCUGAGCAGCAGGACUGGAGAUCCAGUCUGGACCAGGAGGACCCAGCAGAGCCGCCUCACAUUAAAGAGGAACAGGAGGAGCUGUGGACCAGUCAGGAGGGAGAGCAGCUGGGAGGUCUGGAGGAGGCUGAUAUCACCAAGUUCACGUCCCCUCCUGUCCCUGUGAAGAGUGAAGAAGAGGAUGAAGAGGAACCUCAGUCCUCACAGCUUCAUCAGAGACAAACUGAACAGAUGAAAACAGAAUCUGAUGGAGAGGACUGUGGAGGACCAGAACCAACCAGGACCUCAGAUCCUGAUAGACAUUUACAACCAGAGACGAAGGACAAGACAUCAAACUCCUCUGAAUCUGAGAGUGAUGACAGUUGUGAUUGGGAGGAGACCAGAGAACCUCAGCCACAUUCAAAACCUCGACAAAAUAAAGAAAUACCUGUAAGUGACAGAAAAUGUAACACUGGAAAAACUUCAGUUAGCUCCUCUGACUGUACUUCAAGCUCUGACCACAAGGGGCGUCUGCAGAGACGCAGUGGAAACCAAACAGAAGUGAAACCAUUUAGUUGCUCAGUUUGUGGUAAAAAAUACAACCUGAAGAACUCCUUAAUGACUCACAUGAGACUUCAUUCAGAAGGAAAACACUUCAGCUGCUCAGUUUGUAACAAAUCUUUUCAACGGAGAACAAAUGCUCUGAGGCACAUGAGGGUCCACACCGGGGAGAAACCCUUCAGUUGUUCUGUUUGUGGUAAAGGAUUUGCACAAAAGACACAAGUGAGUGAACACAUGAGAAUCCACACUGGAGAGAAACCGUUUAGUUGCUCAGUCUGUAGUAAAAGAUUUAUACAGAAGGUAAAUCUGACUCGUCACAUGGUGCUCCACACCGGGGAGAAACAAUACAGCUGCAGUGUGUGUGACAAAGGUUUCACCUGGCUUUAUCAGCUCAAAAACCAUCACUGUAUUGGCAUUCAGUCCUCACAGCUUCAUCAAAGCCAAACAGAAGAGAACAGAAAAGCUGAGAAUUUGAAAACAGUAGCUGAUGGAGAGGACUGUGGAGGACCACAACAAGCCAAGAACUCAGAUCCAGAUCGUUGUUCACAAUCAGCCACUCAUGACAAGACGUGUCACUCCUCUGAACCUGAGAGUGAUGACAGUUGUGAUUGGGAGGAGACCAGAGAACCUCAGUCAGCUUUAAACCCUCCACAGAACAAUGAAGUACCUGUCAGUGAUGUUAAAUGUAAAACUGGAAAACCAGUGAGUUUCUCUGAGUGUCCUGCAGGCUACAAGGGACGUCUGCAGAAACACAUUGUAAUCCAAACAGGAGUGAAACCAUUUAGUUGCUCAGUUUGUGGCAGAAGAUACCCCCGGAGGAAAUCCUUAAUGACUCACAUGAGACUUCAUUCAGAAGGAAAACGCUUCAGCUGCUCAUUUUGUAAAAAGACUUUUCGAUGGAGGGGAGAUGUCGUGAAACACAUGAGAAUCCACACAGGAGAGAAACCCUUCAGUUGUUCUGUGUGCAGUAAAGGAUUUGCACAAAAGACACAAAUGAGGCAACACAUGAGGAUCCACACCGGGGAGAAACCCUUCUGUUGUUCUUUCUGCGGCACAAGAUUCGCACAGAGCUCAGGUUUGACGUCACACUUGACAAUUCAUACAGGAGAAAAACCUUUCAGCUGCUCAGUGUGUCAAACAACUUUCAGUCGCAGGAGCAACUUAUCCCAACACAUGAGGGUCCACACCGGAGAGAAACCCUUCAGUUGUUCAGUUUGUGGAAAAGGAUUUGCACAAAAGGGAACACUGAAACGACACUUGACUGUCCACACGGGAGAAACCGCUGAGGUGCAGCGUUUGUGAUCAGAGAAAUAAAUUCAGCUGCAGAGAUGAUUGUUGAGAUCAUUUGUUCCAGCAGGAUCGAAGUACCAAGGACAAGACUUCACUCAAAAUCAGUCCCGUUUCAUCUUUUCAGCGAAGAUGAAGCCACACGAUCAUUUUAACUUCAUUUGUGAUUGUUAAUGUCCGAAUUUUUUGAUAACAAGAUUUUACUUUUUAAUUAAAUGACUCGAUGAAC